CCCCAGCGGGACACGCAACAAUAUCCAUGGCGAACCAGCUACUCAUUGAUAAGCAUCAUGCGAGUAACACAGUUUGAUACUCGCGAUCCAUAUAGCUAUGCCACAGGGCUUGGAAACCAUGAAACCGAGGCUCUCAAGGGCGCACUACCAAUAGGGCACAACUCCCCGCAGAAAGCGCCCUACGGGCUAUAUGCCGAAAAGAUCUCUGGGACGGCCUUUACUGCGCCCCGCGCGGAAAACAAGCAGGCCUGGGUGUAUCGAGUCCUCCCUUCGUGCGCGCACUCGGCGUUUGAGCCUCUCGACGACGACGUCAACCCUGGGACCACAGAUGCCGCCCAGCCGAAUCUACUGCCCGAGUUCCAUUUGGUCCCGAACCAAACCCGGUGGGACCCUUUCGAUCUGGUCCCUGGCGUUGACUGGGUUCGGGGUCUUCGCUUGCUUGCUGGCGCUGGAGACCCGGCCACCAAGACCGGGGUCGCGUACUACGUCUACACUGCCAGCCAGUCCAUGGGUGCAGACACGGCAUUCUACAGCGCCGAUGGAGACUUCCUCAUCGUGCCCCAGACAGGUGCACUGGAUAUUGAGACCGAAAUGGGCCGCCUCUUUGUCCGUCCCAUGGAGAUCUGUGUGAUCCCCCGCGGUAUCCGCUACCGGGUCAGCCUGCACGAGGGGGUCCCGGUCCGGGGGUACAUCCUCGAGCUCUUCCAGGGCCAUUUCAGCCUCCCAGAGCUCGGCCCGAUUGGCUCCAACUGUCUAGCCAACGAGCGUGACUUUCAAGUGCCCGUCGCCUCGUACAGGGUCCAGCAGACCAAGGACGCCGCCGCCGACGACGACCGCCGGUGCCUGCUGCAGGCCAAGUUUGGAGGGCGUCUCUUCCAGGCGACACAGAAACACACCCCGUUCGACGUGGCCGCCUGGCAUGGAACCUACUACCCCUUCAAGUACGACCUCGGCCGCUUCAACACAAUCGGCACAAUCUCCUACGACCACCCGGACCCGUCCAUCUACACCGUGCUGACGGCGACGACAAACGCACACCCGGGGACCGCAGUCGCGGACCUCGUCAUCUUCCCACCGCGGUGGCUCGUCGGGGAGGACACCUUCCGGCCGCCCUCGUACCACCGCAACGUCAUGUCCGAGUUCAUGGGCUUGAUUGCCGGCGACUACAUAGCCAAGGGAGGUGGGAAGGGUGGGUUCCAGCCUGCGGGGGCCAGUCUUCAUAAUGUGAUGAGCUCGCAUGGGCCGGACGCGGGGGCCUUUGAGAAGGCGACCAAUGAGACGCUCGUCCCGGAUAAGGUUGGACAGGGUAGCAUGGCGUUUAUGUUUGAGAGCUGCUACAUGAUGGGCGUGACUGAUUGGGGGUUGAAAGCUUGUCAAAAGGUGCAAGAGCAUUAUAGCGAGGAGAGCUGGGACGGGCUGAAAAUCUACUUUGACCCAUGCGGUAGGCCCAGAGGAGAGUAA